UUUUUUCCCCCCUUGGAUCACAUCCAUGCCUAGGAUGGCCAAGGCAUGCCCCGCCCUACUCUGCCUUACUCUGCCUCUUAUUGGCUUACCCUAUCCUAACCCUAACCAAUCCCACGGGUCUUGCCUAAACCUGACCUAACCAACCCAACCAACGAAGGGAACGAGGACUAGCUAGCUAUCGUACUAGCCAAUCAGAGGGAGAGUAGGGCCGGCCAUACCUUCCCGAUGGCUUCGCCAUCCUAGGAAACGCAAAUUCGCUAAUGGUAGAGAUGGCGACCAGGAUGUCAUGUGCUAACGUUACCUAGCCAAAGCGACGUUUUUUUAAAGUAUCAAUCGGAUGAAGAGUUCACCAUAUUUAUUCCACACAAGCUGAAUAACCAGACACUAUGGAGGAACCGUGGGAUUUUGAGUUUUUUUCCCGCAUCGCUGACAGCUGCUUGUCGUUCCUAUCCGAAUUUGUUGACGACUGGCUCGCCAACGAUAUGAGAGUCUCCAUAUUCAAAAUCUUACUCAGCUGGUUAAUUUUUAGUCUUGUCGCAAUUCACUUUGCAUGGAAAGUAUACGGGAAUACAGUCAACGAUAUGUAUUAUCGACAAGGGACUGGACAGAACGGAGGCACACCUGAUACAGCACCUCACCUCAGUGGAUGGUAGGUUUCCGAGCAUCCAUGUCGCUUCAAACAGGGAAAGUAAAGCAGGAGAUCCCCCCAAGGCUCAUCGAGAUUAACAGGACAAUGGUGUUGGACUUUGGACUUAAUCCAAGUGAGAGCUGGACUCGUGUGUUUUGCUUAUCAUAAAGCAUCUUCAGUGCAUUCAAGAUGCAUGCAACUUCUGGUGACUGCCCAGAGAAACAUCUGUUAUGCAUACCAACAGUGUCAUACUGAUAUCCACUACAUCAACUAGUGAUGUGAGCUAUUUAUUUUGGCUUGUCAACAUUUGUCAUUGAGCAGAACUUUACUCCACAUACAUACUAAUUUUUGCUUUGGUCCCCUUUUUUCCCCCAAGAGUCUUCAGUACAAAUGUGACAAAUAUUGCUGGGUUUGUGUGUAAAUGAAGGUUGCUUUAAGAACACUGUGAUGAUAACAAACAUACAAAUGUUCCAUUCUGACCAUGAGCAAAAUAAUUGGACUUGAUUUGAAUGAUGAAAGGAACAAUAGAAUGUAUUUUUCAAGUCUUUUGAAAUACAGGUCCAUGAAAAUCAGUUCAUAUCUUUCAUCUUCCACGAUUUUUGUGUGCAUUUUUAACCACUGUUUUUCAAUAACAUACUAUAUAAGGAGCAUUAUUUGCACUUAAUGAGUGAUACAGAGUGCCUGUCUAGAGUAUUCACCCCCCAUUUGACUUUGUCCUGUUUCAACAUUGACUCACAGCAAUCUCUUGUGUCAAAGUGAAAACAAAUCUCUACAACUAAUCAAAAUUAGAUUCAAUUAAAAAAUAAUUCAUGAAACAAACACAUUCACCCUGUUAAUGACACACCUUAUAUGCACACUUUGAAUGAAAACAACCUGUGUAAUCAAGGUGUGACAGAUAAUUUUAUAUUAUGUAUCUGAAAGGACCAUCGGCAUGGUGGCACUUCAUGGGGGUGCUUCUGUACAGCAGACCAUAGUGGCUUUUUAUGGUAGAGGGUAAAAUAAAUGCCAAAAUACAUUGAUACUUGAGGUUUAAUAUUUUUAUAUAUUUGUGCUUAUCAAUUUGUUUUACUUUGACAUUAGUUUAUGUUAAUAUGUGUCAAAAAAGUGUAGUUAACUGGGAUUUAAUGUAAAAUAAGAUAUAUGAAAAAGUCAAAGGGGGGUUGAAUACUUUGUGUGCAUUGUAUAGCCACCUUACAGUUAUAAUGCUGUUAGAAUGGCAAAGACAAGUCGGUAAUACAAGACAACAAUGCAAUGCACUGCAGUGUGUAUUUACAGAAAUAUUUUAUGUUGUACAUAGUCCUUGUCAAAUGAACUAAACAAAACCAUCAGCAUAUUUUAGGUACCCGAAGAGACCAGCGGCAAAGCAGGAAGAUAAUACAAAUGCAAGUUUUGUUUAAAUAGCUUGAUUGAUAUUAAAUGUGUUGUUUUUUUGAAA